CACUGGGAGGAAAGUUUAUAUAACUUGAAUUGGUUAUUCGGCAAAGGCAGCUUUUAACUUACUAGUCUGUCCUAUGAAUCUAAAUUGUUUCCUUAUACGUAAAAUAGCUGCUGUGUGUACAACCGCCAGUCUGUCUUUGCUGUCGAAAAAAUAGCAAGGGACUGUCAGAAUGCUGUUUUCCAUACAGUGACUUGGUUUCAAAGUGUACUUGUAGGUCUGUUACUUCGUUUUUGUAGCUUGUUAAACAGAUCAAUGUUGCUGCCGUCUUUGUAUUUGCAACUCUUUACCUCCAAUCAAUGUUGUUGAAGCCGAGAGGAGCACCUAUUCCGGACAGAGCUUUUGUGAACAUACUGACCCUGAGCAGACACAGUGAGGUGACUGGUAUUGCCCUUGGACAACGCCAGAAUGCCCAUUCCUCCACCCCCACCCCCACCCCCUGGACCUCCUCCACCCCCAACAUUUAACCAGGCAAACACAACUCCACCUAAACUAAAUCGUGAUGAGGCAAAAGGAAGGAAUGCCUUGCUGUCAGACAUAUGCAAGGGGGCAAAGCUCAAGAAAGUUGCAGUGGUCAAUGACAGAAGUGCCCCAGUAAUUGAGAAAUCUGGAGGAGGAGGAGGAGGCGGCGGUGCUGGUGGUGGUGGAGGCGGAGGAGGAGGAGGAGGUGGUUUCGGUGGUGCACCAAAGGGAAUGGGAGGCCUCUUUCAAGGAGGAGUUCCAAAGCUCCGACCAGUUGGAGACGGCACAGUGGGCAGGUCAGCGUUACGACCCCCCGGGUCUCGUCCUGCAGCCCCACGGCCUCCUGGCGGUCAUUCCUCUCCUGGUCGUCAAGGUGGCCGAGAGCGCUCUUCACCCCCGCCGCAGUCGCGUUCCCACAGGCCGUCAUUGCCAGAUAUAUCCAAACCCUCCAGCACGGGGAGUUCUGGAGGCGCGAGACACGGCUCUGGAGGCCCGCCACCUCCUCCCCCGCCUUUUGCUCGAGGCGGGAGCGGGGCACCAAACGCUCACCAGAAAGUCACAGGGCCUACCAACAGCCGGGAGAAACCCCUUCCACCACCUCCAACUCAGAAAGGGCAUAACGCAUCCCACUCCAGAGUGGACGGUCCGUCCAGAAGCUUCCCGGCUUCUCGCCCUGCCUCUUCUUCCUCCUCCGCACCCCCACCCCCACCUCCUUACCGCCAACCUGUUGCUAAUGGAGACCCAGCCCCUGAGCUUCCACAAAGACGCAACUCGCUCAACAGGAGGCAUCAGUCAGGUGGAAACUCUCGCUUCCAAGGCCCACCUCCUCCCCCACCACCUCAGCAGGGCAGCCGACCCCCCCCUCCUGCACGAGACCCUCCCGGACGAAAAUCGGCCCCUCAUGUUACCUCAUCUGGGUCCCGCAAUGGUUCUAGAGAUGCACCUCCACCUCCUCCCUAUCGCAUGCAUGGUAGCAGCUUGCAAACAUCUUCUGAGCCUCCUAGUCGGAUGAAGCCGCCUCCACCCUCCUUUGCACCCAACCGCACACCUUCUGGACAGCCACCACCCCCUCCACCCAUGCGCAACGGACACACAUCCAAGAACGCCAUAGAUGAUUUUGAAUCCAAGUACUCUUUCCACCCAUUGGAGGACCUCCCCCCUCCAGAGGAGUACAAACACUUCGAGAAGGUAUAUCCCAGCAAGAACAAGAAACCUGACGUCAGGGGAGCGCCGCCGUUGCCUCCAGUCGGAAGGUGAACUACGCUCAGGAGCAAAGGACUGGGGACAAGCAGACUUUAGAUCGUACACUAAUACGUACAUGUUCAUACACUAAAACACACACACAAAUACACACACACACACACACCCCACAGAAAAUUCUCAGCAAUAGAGCAAUCACACUACAAUGACAAUUCUCACUUCCAAUCCGUCUCUGCAAGCCAAAACACUUCAGACUGACUUGAUGGAAAACCCUUUAGACCAGACAUCACUGUGCAAUAGCAGAGAGCUGAUGGCACACAAUAAAAAUACAGCAUCUGCCUAAAGACUAAGGCUGAACAAAGCAAAUCAGCGCAUGCAACGAGUGCAGUACACAUGCAUUCCACCAUCUCUGUCAUAACUGCCAAAGCUUUUUUGGGGAAGGUUUUUGUUUUUUUUUCUUGAUUUUUCACACACUUGUUGACCAAAGCUAUUUUACUGAUAAGUCAGAGAUGGUUUAUCUUGCUUAAGGGAAUCCAGAAUGAAUUUUCACUGUGAACAUUUGCUUUUCCAUUCAUUCUGUACGGAUAGAUUAACACUAAUACUGUCAGCUGUUUUUUUUGUGACAUAGUUGGAUAAUGGACAACACACAGUCAGUCACCUCUUAUUUAGAAUGAAAGAAAUCUUAUGAGUCCCCUAUUUCUGGAUAUAACACAAAAACGAAAGCAAUCUUUCACCAGUCUCAUUGUGCCAUGCUCAGCUUGUCUUGGACCAAGAAUGCCAUUUUCUUCUUAUUCUAUUUAUCACUAAUUUUGUUUGAUUUUAUGCGUGUUUGCAUUGAGAAUCAUUGGCACAAACUGUACAUUCAAGGGAUCUGCCUUUUUUUUCUUUCUUUCUUUUUUUGAAAUUGUGGAUCUGCUUCCUUGUAUGAGUUCAUAUAAUGCCUACCUGUAAUAAUUCAUUGGUAAACAGAACAGUUUUUAUAUUUUCCUUCCUCUUCUGUCCGAUAGCAGGCUUAAUGCACUGUGAACAGGUCGAGAAUUAAAAGCUAGAUGAGUACAGCCACAUUGGUGGGGUUAGAUGCACGUGUGAUGCUGGGUUGCCAGAUUGGAGCAUGUUUAAUCCACAUCUAAAAAUAUUACAGCUGUCAAUGCAUGUGAGAUAUCACUAGUUUGGCAGUCUGUCAUUUGGAUUAUGUUUACCAUCUGGUGAGCAUCAGGACUUGAAUACGGCUCAGAUAAUGCAAUAUUUAGUCAGAUUAUGUAAGCUGUAUUCUCUACGCUUUCUAUGCGUUUAUACUUAACGUGAAGUAGGAAUGGCAAAAGGAAAGGGCUUAUAUAUGUCGUCUGUCGGAGUUCUAUUACACUUGCGUUGAAAGGCAUGACCUCCUUGUGUUAUAUGCUUGUUAGUGGAAAUUUUUAAUGCGUUCCUACACCAAAUGUCAACCGUUUGAGGGCAGUUCAUAGUUUCAUUUUCACAAGUUUGGAUGUUUAUGGUCUCAUAUGAUGAGGAUAAACCAAACAGGAAUACUUGGACAGGAAGGAAAGCAUUCCUUAUUCCACAUGUCUGUAAGACACCUUACUCUUUGUGUUGGGAUUGGUUGUGAAAUAUCCAGAAUUAAGGUCGUUUAUCAAUGUGAAGUUGUUGUUUUCAAUCCAUUUUGACAAUUUUUUGUUAGGUUCUGUCUUCUCAAGUUUGAAUUGUUUAAUGCAUUUGGAUGCCAGUACAUUAUGUUAAUCAUUAC